AAACGUUUGGAUCACGUAUGGCUUGGGGGACAGCUAGGCUAUCAUAAUACACGUGUCAUCCAUCCGAUGCCCGUACGCUCCUCUCCGUAGAUCCCAACCGUUCCCCUGCCUCCACACCCCCCGCUAUGUAAACCUCUCAUCCCCUCCUGCGCACAGGUGAUAAAGGCGUCCGCUUCUUCCGUCCGAUUAGGGUUUCAGUCGCUUGUCUCUUCUCGUCGAUUCCGUCGCCAAUUCCCCACUCGAUAGACGCCGAUUCUUCGAUCGGGUUUUUCUCUUCUUCCCAUAGCUCUUGGUUCCUUCUUUAUCCCCAACGAGAUGCCGAAGCCGAACAAAUCGAAGAAGAAGGGAGCUGCCUCCCUCACCCCGUUUAAGAAGAUCAAGAAGAAAGAGAUAAAGAAGGAGGAGCUGCCUAAGGUGAGCGACGCCACCACGGCGGUGGUGGACGCAGCAGCGACUUCUGCUGCCAACAGCAGCAGGGAGGCGGACGGCGGGAAGCACAAGGAGCCUGCCGUACAGGAGAAGAGCUCGGGGUUCAUCUUCAUGUGCAGCAGCAAGACGAAGCCCGAGUGCUUCCGGUACCACGUCUUUGGGCUCCCCAAGGGUAGGAAGGAGGCUGUCGAGAAGAUUAAACUAGGCGCAAAACUGUUCUUGUACGAUUACGAUCUGAAGCUUCUGUAUGGUGUCUACAAGGCCACCUGCCAGGGUGGGAUGGACCUAGAUCGAGGUGCCUUCAGAGGAGCUUACCCGGCUCAGGUGAAAUUCAAGGUUUUCAUGGAUUGCCUACCACUACCGGAGACUACCUUUAGACAUGCUAUUCAAGAAAAUUACUACACAAGGAUCAAAUUUAGUCCAGAGCUUAACUCAAAACAGGUUCGCAAGUUGUUGUCAUUGUUUCGUCCGGCAGGUCAGAUGCCUCAACAGGCACCUCCUCAACAGGCACCUUCGGUUACUUACGUCGAGGAGCAAUAUCACCCAUCUCCUCAUUUGCCUCCUGAGGAGCAAUAUAGGUCGGAUCAUAUGUCACAUGUGACACCUCUAGAGUUGAGAUAUAUUCGUCAAGCCCAUGUAAGUGAUUCCUAUGCAAUAGAACCUAGAAAGGUUCCACCACCUGGUGUGUCUGCUAGUGUUCCAUACUAUCAGGCAUCCGUAGUUGAUCCAUAUCAAGCGGAGACUAUGCGAGCUUACUAUCCUGAAAACCCUGUUCGAACUGAGCGUCUCACUUAUAGGUUAGUUCCUGAGAUAAUUCCGAGGGAUCCACUGCUCUCGAGGGACUACCACACUGUAACAGCGAGGGAGGGAGAAAUUAUUUCACAUGCUGAGAGGAUGGAGGGGAUCUACAACUCGCAACCUAGCUACGUACCAGGAGGAUACGAAGAUCCAAACCGGGCUUAUUCUGGUAUCUCACAGAGGCCAAUCUCAAGCAGGCAUGCUAUGUCAAAUGCACCUGUUUCUUCGCGCUACUCUUUUGCUGGUGCACCACGUGCCUAUCGUUGAUUUGGCUGGCAUCUUAAAAUAUUUUGAUGCUGUCUCGUCAUGACUGAUCACUGUUCACUUACCCUUAUAUGUUUGAAGACAUUGUGUUCAAAUUUGAGGAUAAGCUAGGAGGAAUUUGCUGUGCUGAUGCAUCGAAGCUUAGUUUAAACAUCUUCACAAUUGCAUUUAAUAGUCUGCCAGAUUACAUUUGCUUUACC